GGAAGACAGGAUGAAUCGCCUCAAGAUCACAUUUUUCAUAUUAAUAUUCUCUACCGCAAAAUGCCACCUCGAAGUUGGGAAGACCCUUCAGAAACUGGAGCACAUUAUGUCGGGAAUACAUGCCCAGAGGUACUCCAGAAAUACUGAAGAAGAUACUCGAAUUUGGCACGAGUACGAAUUCGGGACUGGAGUUGGAAACAGAGAAGAACUGCGAGUAACGAAUAUUACUGUCGAGGAGGAUCCUAGUUUCCUAAAGGGGGACGAAAAUUGGCAAGUUCUGAAGAAAGCUUACGAGUGGUACUUGAUUGGCACCGAAGGAUCAAUCGUAUCAGUUUUUCAUUUCGAUCGGCAAAUCGGUCGAACCAGUAAGUACGUCAGCUGGUCGAUUCCUGGAAAAGUCACGGCCUUUCGGGCAAUCGAUUUUUUUGAUUUGGAUGAACGCGAAACGGACAUCGAAUUUCUGGUCGUCUUGUGCGUGGGCUCGAGUAAUGGCUGGAAUUUGGAGUGGUACGUGAUCUCCGAUGGAAAAGAGAAACUGAUGUGGUCCUGGCCUAUCCUGAAACGAAUGGAAGGUUUGGAGUACUUUCGACAUGGCGGGUAUAAUAAAUUAUUGUUAAUGAACGAACCGAAGGAAAUCGCACAGUCCUUGCGCACCGUGGUCGACGUUUAUGGAUUUAACAUCGUUGGGAGUCAGCUUGAAUUUUGGUUCAGCCAGAGUUUGACCGUCCCCCAAAUUUAUGGUAUACACGUGUCUCAUCUUCAUGAACAUACUAUGGUCGUACUCGAAGGAUCCAACAAUGUCCUGCUGUAUGAAUUCAGGAACGUCGCCGUGAAGGACGGAGAGCUAAGUCAGUUUCAAAACAUCACCUCGAAUGGCCUGAAAAAUGUGCUUCUUUUCGAGAGUGGAUACACCCAAUAUUUGGCCAUCUCUGGACCAGAGGCUGGUCUCUACAUUUUCUACGAAAACGAGUUUCAGUUCGACAGCACCUCGGAAAAUUUAUUUGACGAUAUCGGUGAAGUGUCUUGGAUGCAGAGUGUUCCUAUGGACACGUACAGGGAGGAGUCGUUGCUCUUGGUGCAGCUGAAGAAUGGUACUCUCGUGGCCCUAUCUUGGCAAGGCCAGGACUUCAAAAGAAUCCCUUUGCCAAAUUCAAUUAUCCGUGACCUCGACUUGUCGAAGGCUGUGGUCCUGCCAAAAUUCGGGCUCGUCUAUGAACGUCGUUUCGUCAACAUUCACACCGAGCUGACGACUCUUCAGACCCCACUUCAUGGUGAGAUGGAGAGAAUGGUGCAGUUGAAAAAUUCGCUGAAGGAAAUAUUCUGUAAGCAGAAUUUAAUUCUGUCCGAAACAGAGGCAAAGAUGAAUGGAAGUUAUUUCGUGAAUCCUAACAUCACCGGUUUCUGGCAGCUCUCCGAGAUUCAUGCCAAUACGGUAACGCUUACUGAAAAUGUUGCAUAUCAAAGUUUGACCCUCAAUUCGAAGGUCUUCACUGCCGAAGACAUCCAAACGAAUUUUAAUAAAGUGGAAAAAGUAGCCCAAGAAGUGCACCGAAAGUCUCUGGAAAUAGAUGCCGCUUUGAAAAAUCUAGUUCCCUCGAAUUCUACCGAUGUCGUUUUAGAGGAUGUCGAGAUCUUCGGGAAUUUCGAGAUAUCCGGGACACUGGCCGUUCAAAAUUUAACCAUAGACAAACUGAACGGUAUUCCUUUAUCUGAAUUAAGAAAUGAAUACAGGGAUCAGAAUGUUCUGAUAAAAGGUUUGAAAAAAUUUCCAUCAAUCGAGGCUGAGAACCUUAAAGUUAAUUCCAUUAAUGGAGUUCCUAUUGGGAUGAUUAAUUUCGCAACUGAAAGGAAAAGUUACGAAGGUGCCGAUUUAUCGAAACUGAAACGCCUCGUAGUGAAUGGAAAUUUAAAUCUGUCAAGCUUGAACGGUGUUAACUGGGAGAAUUUGAUGAAAAGCAUCGUUUGGAAGAAUAAACCAGCAACAAUCUCCGGCACCGUUACCGUAGAAGGAGAAGUUACAGCAGACAGUAUAAAGUUGGACAAUUUAAAUGGAUUGGCGUAUCCUACUGAAUUUGUCAUGGAAGAUGGCACUAGGGCAGAGAAUAUCACUGGAAUGAAAUCGAUUGAAAAAUUGACAGUGUCGAGUCUAACUGGAGUUGAUACUUUAAAUAGAAUUCCGAUGGACGACUUCGUAUGUCUCGACAAAGAUCAAAUUUUACCCCACGAGAUCACCUUUGACGAUCUGAUAAUUGAGGAAACUCUUCAGAUCGAUGGAAAAAUAACAGGACUUUCUUCGGAGCAGCCUGGCCCUACUUUGGAAAUAUCGAAUAAAGUGACGUCGAAUGUCCUGUUUUCGAAUCUACACGUAAUGGGGAAUGUUGAUAUUGAAAAAUCACUAGCAGGAAAAACGUGGUCGGAAUUCGACGACCUGGUGAAGAAGACCGAGGAAGUAGUUAAAAUCACUGGGAAGAAAACGUUCCUGGAAGAAGUUCAAUUAGGGAAAAACACGACAGUCAGUGGAAAAAUUAAUGGUCACGUUUUUAAAGAAUUCCUCACCUUGGAUACCGAGCAGGAAUUUCCUGAAUUAGAGAAGAUCUCAGGGAACGUGACUUUCGGCACACUCGAACGAGACGACAUAAAAAUGAUCGAGAUUCUCCUUAACCAAACAAAUAGCCGUAACCAGUGUUUCGAUAAAACCAUCGUAUUCAAGAGUCCAUUGACGGUGGAGAAAUUAGAUUUUGGAAAGUUAAACGACAAGAUAACAAAAGAGGAGUUUGAUAAACUGCACGCUAAUGCAUUCCGCGAGGUCCACUUCGACCAGCUCAAAGUGAACAGGAUGAACGUGAAGGAUCUUCAGCCUCGGAUAAUAAACGGGAUUAACAUGGAAGAGUUUGUCACCAACAGAGUGUCAAGAACAGGGAGACAAAACAUGACAGGUCUGAUAGAAGCUGAUCACCUGGAAACUGAUUUCUUAGAGGUGCAGUUUAUCAACGAUAUAAGCACGCAGGAAUUGGAGAGCCUGAAGAGCCAAAUGGAGUCCAGGGACCAAGAGAUAGUCGAUGGCGUAUUAUCAGUAGACACUUUAUUCGUAAACGGAACAGUACGAGUAAAAAAAAUCAAUGGCCGAAAGCUGGAAGAAUUCUUCCUUCCUGAAGAGCUGGGUGAUAUCAUUUUUGACGACGAUGUGUCCAUCCAGAACCUGACGGUGAUGGGCUUUGUUAAUGGAUUGAACUUUACGGAAUUCGUUAACGACGCGGUUAAAAAAACCGAUACCGACAUCGUGAUAACAGGUGAAAAAGAGUUCGAAAGUAUCUCCUGCAACCAACUGGAAGUCGAGAACCUGAACGGGCGUCCUGUGGACACGAUUUUGGAUCCUGGAAAACAUCAGAUCCUUGCUGGCCCUAUUUUUGUCAAAGGACAUGUCAACGUGGAGAAUACUUUCGAUACCACUGGGAUGGUCAAUGAUGUUUUGUACAAAGAUUUAAUAAACCGGGUGGAAUACUUAGAUGGUAGAUAUGAACUUCGAGGGGACUUUACGUUCACCAAUGAUACUAUUAUCGAACAUCUGUAUGUAUCUGACGCCAUCCAAAAUGUCCAGAUUGAGAAGUUCUUGCAGAAUGUUAUUCGCCAAGGAGAAAGCGCUGUUAUCACGGGAACUAAGACCUUUGAUAAAUCGGCAGUCUUUAAAAAAAAGCUCAUGAUCGUGGAUACGUUCAAUGGCGUUGAUUUGAAGACCCUUGCUGAAAAAGUCGUCUUUAUUGAUAAGCCCUUUUCUAUUAACAAUGCUGUAAACUUCACGGAUAACAUUGUCGUUGAGCAAGAGCUUAUUGUGAAAGAAGACUUGAAGUGCAAUUCGAUCAAAGAUGUCGAUCUAAAUGAGCUGCUGGAAAGUGCGAUUUUUCUCAGCAGAUCUACUUACAUUCUUGGGUCGAUGACGUUCAAUGAUGCCGUUUUCAAUUGUAAUCUCAAAGUAGAGGAGAUCAAUGACAUCGACACAAGUAAACUGAUUCCUUUGAGGAAAGAUAGGAUCAUCAUUGAUGGGAUUAGGGCGAAGUAUGUCAAAGCUAAAAAAAUGGAGAUCCACGGUCUUGUAAAUGAACAUGCCCUGAGUGAUAUCUACGCAGACACAUUCAUGUUAAUUGGUGAUCAGGAGAUUUCGGGGAAUAUUUCCUUCCUCGGCGAUGUUAGCAUACUUCGUGACUUGAAUGUUACGCACAUCAACAGUGUUGACAUGUCUAAAACGAUUUCUCUAGAUGGAAAUGAUACAAUAGUCGGAAAUGUCACCUUUAUUGAACCUCUCGUCUUGAAAGACAGUUUACGAGUGCUGGGCUUAAUAAACGAAAUAGAUCCGUUAAAAUGGCAGGCAGCAGUCAUUUCUACGAGUUUUCCGAUGAAGCAGACAGCAUUUGGAAACUGGAAAAUUCAUGGAAAUGUCUACUUCAAUGGCGAUGUCACGGGAGAAGGUCUUUUGAAUCAAGUCAGCGUAAAGAAAUGGGCGGACGAGAUGGCGAAACGAAAAUUGGAAACGGAUCUCGUAGCUUCUGAUGCAAAGGCGGAUGCUAAAACAAUUUGCGAAGACUUAAACGCCUUGAAGAAGUACGCCGAGGUUCAGAUCUAUCGUUACAAAUAUUUUGAGUACCUGCGGAUCUUCAGUUUCAAUCAGUCGAUUCUAAGCGUGCAUCACUUUGAAAGCAAUGGGCUCGACUAUUUACUUGUCAAUUUCGAUACCUGUAGAAUGAACGCAUUUAUGUUCGAUGGGGUCGAGUUUGUGGAUGUUAAUAUUCCUGAGGUUGCACUUAUCCAUCGAUGGAUCACCUUCGAUUUUGAGAGUCGUACGUACUUUCUCACGAUAGGAGCACCUGGUUGCGGAAGAAAUUCUGGCAAUUUAUGGAAAUUCGAAGGGAAUGAAUUCACGCAUGUCCAGAACUUUGGAGAUAUAACGGAUAUAAAGAAAAUCAAUGAUCAGGCAUUCUUUAUUCUGGUAAAUAAUCGACUGGAAAAAUGGAACAUCGAAACUCUAAGUCGAGGUCCCAGAAAAUAUCCCGCAGCGGAAGGGACUUUAAAAAUUAUACCGAAUUCUGACAGAAUUUUAUUGACAGAUGGUAGAGUCAUUUACGAAUACAAUUCGGAACAUGGGAACAGCUCGAUUUUUUCAGACCAUUGUGAUAGUGGGGAGAUUAUCAGUUUCAAGACUGGAAUUUUUGAAAGGGAAAUGUUUCUAAGUUACGAUGCGAACCUUACCCCGGAUUAUGUGUUCAUUUUCAGUAUCGAUUAUAUGGGAAAUAAAGUAAUCCAGCAAGUAAUACCAACGUAUAAACCGCGGCUGUUCACAAUCUUGAACUUCGAUGGAUUCAUCGAAAAUUUCUUGAUUUUUGUGGAAAAUAAUGACACGAUACAGAUUUAUGAAUAUAAAGGCAUCGAGGGGUUCGUACACAGAGAAGGUAUUCGAAUGGAGGUUGAAAAAUUGUCGACGUUCAAGUUACGAAAACGGCGUGAAUUUUUGAAAAGACAUUGCUUGCUCGUAGUACGAGGCGCAAAAUUGAUCAUUUUGGAAGCUCAAAUGUGGGGAGAAAGACCUGACGUCGAGGACGCCAGGUGCAAUCGUUAUAAUUAAUUAUUGAAUAGAUCAGCAACGAUCGAAAUGAUUAAAAAAUUAUCAAGGUAGCGUCGUACGAUACUUUGUGAACAUGUGAUACAUAGUCAUGAUUCAUAUACUUCAAAAGUAUAAUCGAACGCGAUGUAAAUAUUAAAAUGAUAAAUCCAAAGCGACGAGAAUGUAGACUUAACAAAGUCAACCGUUCUCCACCGCAGGUACCGCGUGUAGUAUUUGUGAUCUUCGUUUAAAAAUGUUAUUUAAUUAAAUUAUUACAUUUUAACAGAUAUUCUUCUUCUAUCAAGCGAUUAGGGAUUUUAAUAAACACCGCCAGAACGUUUCGCUUCGUAAAA